AUGGUCUACUUUGUCAAGAGUGAGAGUGUAGAUUUUAUUUCUGGUUCUUUUGGUACAGAUUAUCCCCAAACUUGGAUAAUGUCUACCUCCUUAGUGGUGACACAUCAUCUGAGAGAGAACCCAGAGACGGGAGAACGUUUCCUCUUUUGUGGCUCUAGCUUGUCUGAGAUUAUUGAAGAAACAGAAUACAUUAAAAAGAUUCGUUCCACGCUAGCAAAAGUUCAGCCUCUGUUGUAUAAAAAGGAAUCCAACCAUAGCAUUGCAAAUGGCACGCUGGAUUCAAAGCUGCAUUUUACAGAAUCUGGACUGGUCCCUGAUGAAGCGACACUCUCUUCCAACAACGAGGAGACCUUAAAUAGAGUAAAAGAAGUAGAAGAAGAAUUAUUAUGGGUGAACAAAGAAAACGAAAGGCUAAAGGUCAAGCUUGAAGCUUUAAGGGCAGCAGGUGCUGAGUGUGUGAAGCAUGGCUUCCAAAAGCUCCAGGAGAAUUAUGCGAAGCGCUCUGAAGAUCUGAAGAAAAGACAAGAAGGAGUCAUAAAUACAAUGAAGACUCGCAAACUUGAGCAAGAGCAGAUCUUAAAGCAAAGCACUGACAGCCUCGGACAGCUGAGUGUGCAGCUGAAUGAGAAAUAUGGCCAUAUUGAAGAACUGGAAAAACGAGUACAAAGGAUGGAAGAGGAAAAGAAAACACUGGAUGAAAAGAAAGAGCUUUUAAAAAAGAAGUUGCAUCAAAUGAUGUCAAAUGCUGAGAGUACUAGAAGCUGUGUAAAAGUUCAGUCAGAGAUGUGUGUUCUUCAGGAGCAGAUUACUCACCUGGAUAGUAUGAUCCAUUCCCAGCACCAACAUUUGCACAAUCUGAUUCACCAGACCGAGAGGCUGAAUAAUGAACUGAAAUAUCAGGAUGAAAGAAUAGAAAACUUAAACAACCAGAUAGCAGUACUUCAAGAAAAGAACAAUGAACUGAGGUAUCAAGUGGAAUUCUACAAGAACCAAUCAAAACGAAAAAUCUCCAAGGCUGUUUCCACAAGGAUUGACGAAAACAUGCCGUACAUUGUGAUAUCCAGACGACGCAAGUAACCUAUUCCUGUGAUGUCUAAAUCUUCCUCAGAUCCAUUACAAGGAUUGUUAUUUCUUUCCAGAAUAACUUUUCUAUGCAUUUUCAUUGGAUUUAUAUGCACAAGGAAUUUUGGUAUCACCUAACAAAUUUUAUCUUUUGAAUUAAUGUAUGGAAUCUUAAGAUGGUCUUCUAAGGGAAGAAGUAAAUUCAGAUGUGACAGCAGACAUCCAGGAAGCUGAGAC